GGGGCGCCGCGGGGAGGCAGGGCGCCUGGGGCAGAGUCUGAGGGGGCCCCCGGCGAGGCGUGGACACGGGGUUGAUGAGAGGACCUGGAAGAUGGGCUAGCCAAUGAGGGGAUGGCAGGGGAGUCAGGCCGGAUCCUGGACCCCUUUUGCGUACCCCUGUUUUCCUCGCAGUGUAAAUGAUCAGAGAUGGACCAGGAAGGUGGGGGAGAUGGGCAGAAAGCCCCGAGCUUCCAGUGGCGGAACUACAAGCUCAUCGUGGAUCCUGCCUUGGACCCUGCCCUGCGCAGGCCUUCUCAAAAGGUGUACCGCUACGACGGCGUCCACUUCAGCGUCAACGACUCAAAGUACAUACCAGUCGAAGACCUCCAAGACCCCCGUUGCCAUGUCAGGUCUAAAAACAGAGACUUUUCCCUCCCAGUCCCUAAGUUCAAGCUGGAUGAGUUCUAUAUUGGACAGAUCCCACUGAAGGAAGUGACUUUCGCAAGACUGAAUGACAAUGUGCGGGAAACCUUCCUGAAGGAUAUGUGCCGAAAGUAUGGUGAGGUGGAAGAAGUGGAGAUCCUUCUUCACCCUCGUACUCGUAAACACCUGGGCCUGGCCCGUGUGCUCUUCACCAGCACUCGGGGUGCCAAGGAAACAGUCAAAAACCUCCACCUUACCUCCGUCAUGGGCAACAUCAUCCACGCCCAGCUUGACAUCAAAGGACAACAGCGAAUGAAGUACUAUGAAUUGAUUGUUAAUGGCUCCUAUACCCCCCAAACUGUGCCCACUGGGGGCAAAGCCCUAAGCGAGAAGUUCCAGGGCUCUGGUGCAGCAACUGAUACGACUGAAUCCCGCCGCCGCUCUUCUUCUGACACAGCUGCCUACACAGCAGGCACUGCUGUAGUGGGCACUCCUGGCAAUGGCACCCCCUGCUCCCAGGACACAAGCUUCUCCAGCAGCCGACAAGAUACCCCAUCUUCCUUUGGACAAUUCACCCCUCAGUCCUCCCAGGGAACCCCCUACACAUCUCGGGGCAGCACCCCUUACUCUCAGGAUUCCGCCUACUCCAGCAGCACCACUUCAACCUCUUUCAAGCCCCGGCGGUCAGAGAACAGCUACCAGGAUUCCUUUUCUCGCCGCCAUUUCUCUGCAUCUUCUGCCCCCACAACUGCCUCUACAGCCAUCUCAGCAACCACUGCAGCCACCACUGCAUCCUCCACCUCUUCCUCCUCAUUGUCCGCAUCUUCUUCAUCGUCGUCCUCCUCAACAUCACAAUUUCGUGCUUCUGACCCAAGCUACCCAGCAUAUUAUGAAAGCUGGAACCGCUACCAACGCCACACUUCCUACCCACCACGUCGAGCAACUCGGGAGGAGCCCCCUGGGACCCCUUUUGCUGAAAAUACAACUGAACGCUUUCCACCUUCAUACACCACCUACUUGCCCCCUGAGCCCACCCGGCCCACUGACCAAGACUACCGGCCUCCUGCCUCAGAGGCCCCGCCCCCGGAACCUCCAGAACCUGGUGGAGGUGGAGGUGGAGGUGGAGGUGGGGCCAGCCCUGAAAGAGAAGAAGCUCGGACCUCCCCCCGCCCAGCCUCACCUGCCCGUUCUGGCUCUCCGGCCCCAGAGACCACCAAUGAGAGUGUGCCCUUUGCACAGCACAGCAGCCUGGAUUCUCGCAUUGAAAUGCUGCUGAAGGAGCAGCGCUCCAAAUUUUCUUUCUUGGCCUCUGACACAGAGGAAGAGGAAGAGAACAGCAGUGCAGGCCCUGGGGCUAGAGACACUGGGAGUGAGGUGCCUGCUGGGUCAGGUCAUGGGCCCUGCACACCCCCUCCAGCCCCAGCUAGUUUUGAGGAUGUGGUACCUACAGGGAGUGGAGAACCAGGGGCUGCCCGGGAAUCUCCCAAGGCCAACGGACAGAACCAGGCUUCUCCAUGCUCUUCUGGAGAGGACAUGGAGAUCUCCGAUGAUGACAGGGGUGGCUCACCACCUCCGGCCCCAACACCCCCCCAGCAGCCUCCGCCUCCCCCACCUCCCCCUCCUCCACCUCCCUACCUGGCUUCCCUUCCCCUUGGUUAUCCUCCCCACCAACCUGCCUACCUCCUCCCACCCCGCCCUGACGGCCCACCGCCCCCUGAGUAUCCCCCACCUCCGCCACCCCCCCCCCACAUCUAUGACUUUGUGAACUCCUUGGAACUUAUGGAUCGACUUGGAGCUCAGUGGGGAGGGAUGCCCAUGUCCUUCCAGAUGCAGACCCAGAUGUUAACUCGACUCCACCAGCUGCGACAGGGCAAGGGAUUGACUGCUGCCUCAGCUGGCCCUCCUGGUGGGGCCUUUGGGGAGGCCUUCCUCCCUUUCCCACCCCCCCAAGAGGCAGCCUAUGGCUUGCCCUAUGCUCUGUAUACACAAGGGCAAGAAGGCCGUGGGACAUACUCACGGGAGGCCUACCAUCUGCCUUUGCCUAUGGCAGCCGAGCCCCUACCCUCUUCCUCAGUCUUGGGAGAAGAGGCCCGGCUGCCUCCCAGGGAAGAAGCAGAGCUGGCAGAGGGCAAGGCCCUUCCUUCAGCUGGCACUGUGGGCCGUGUGCUGGCCACUCUAGUCCAAGAGAUGAAAAGUAUCAUGCAGCGAGAUCUCAACCGCAAAAUGGUGGAGAAUGUGGCCUUUGGAGCCUUUGACCAGUGGUGGGAGAGCAAGGAGGAAAAGGCUAAGCCAUUCCAGAAUGCAGCCAAACAGCAAGCCAAGGAAGAGGAUAAAGAGAAGACAAAGCUCAAAGAGCCGGGUAUGCUGUCCCUCGUAGACUGGGCCAAGAGUGGAGGUACCACAGGAAUUGAGGCCUUUGCCUUUGGAUCAGGGCUACGAGGGGCCCUGCGGCUGCCUUCAUUCAAGGUAAAGCGGAAAGAGCCAUCAGAAAUUUCAGAGGCCAGCGAGGAAAAGAGGCCCCGGCCCUCCACUCCAGCUGAGGAAGAUGAAGAUGAUCCUGAACGAGAGAAGGAUGCUGGAGAACCAGGACGUCCGGGGACCAAACCCCCAAAGCGAGAUGAAGAGCGAGGCAAGACCCAAGGCAAGCACCGGAAGUCCUUUGCUCUGGACAGUGAAGGGGAGGAGGCCUCCCAGGAGUCUUCCUCAGACAAGGAUGAGGAGGAGGAGGAGGAAGAUGAAGAAGAUGAAGAGCGAGAAGAAACUGUGGAUACCACCAAAAAAGAGGCAGAGGCAUCAGAUGGCGAGGAUGAGGAAAGCGAUUCGUCCUCCAAAUGUUCUCUGUAUGCUGACUCAGAUGGUGAAAAUGGUAGCACAUCGGACACCGAGAGCAGCAGCUCCUCCAGCUCCUCGUCAUCCUCAUCUUCCUCCUCAUCGUCCUCAUCAUCCUCUUCAUCAUCUGACUCCUCCUCUGAAGAGGAAGAGGAGCAGCCAGCAAUCAUUCCCUCAGCUUCGUCACCCCCUAGAGAAGCCCCGGCACCCCUCCCAGCACCUGCGGAGGAGCCUGAACCAGAGAGGGUAGCAAGCUCCCCAGUCACGCCUCUCCCUGAGCAAGGGACUUCUCCAGCAAGGCCUGCAGGUCCCACUGAAGAACCACCUCCCAGUGUGCCACAGCCUCCCUCAGAGCCCCCAGCUGGGCCUCCAGCCCCUACUUCCCGCCCAGAUGAGCGCCCUUCUUCUCCCAUUCCCCUUCUACCCCCACCCAAGAAGCGAAGGAAAACCGUCUCCUUUUCUGCUGUAGAGGAGGUGCCAGCCCCAGAGCCUCCCCCAACUGUCCCGCCUCAGGCCAAGUCUCCUGGCCCAAUCUCUCGCAAAGUCCCCCGGGGUGUAGAGCGGACCAUUCGCAACCUGCCCCUGGACCAUGCAUCUCUGGUCAAGAGUUGGCCUGAGGAGGUAUCCCGGGGGAGUCGGAGCCGAGCUGGAGGCCGAGGCCGCCCCACAGAAGAAGAAGAGGCUGAGCCAGGGACAGAAGUCGACCUGGCAGUACUGGCUGACCUGGCUCUGACCCCAGCCCGGCGCGGGCUAGUUACCUUGCCUCCUGGUGAUGACUCAGAGGCCACGGAGACCUCCGAUGAGGCAGAGCGCUCCAGUCCCCUGCUCAGUCACAUCCUCCUGGAACACAACUAUGCCCUGGCCGUCAAACCCACACCUGCCACUCCAGCCCCCCGGCCUCCAGAACCAGUUCCUGCCCCUGCUGCACUCUUCAGCUCCCCAGCGGAUGAAGUCCUGGAGGCCCCUGAGGUGGUAGUGGCUGAGGCAGAAGAGCCAAAGCAGCAGCCACAACUACAACAGCAGCCAGAGGAGGGAGAGGAGGAGGAGGAGGAAGAGGAGGAGUCAGAAUCUUCUGAGAGCAGCAGCAGCAGCAGCAGUGACGGGGAAGGAGCCAUCCGGCGGCGCAGCCUCCGCUCCCACACCCGGCGCCGGCGGCCACCGCUUCCCCCCCCUCCUCCCCCACCCCCCUCCUUUGAGCCCCGCAGCGAGUUUGAACAGAUGACCAUUUUAUAUGACAUUUGGAACUCGGGCCUGGACUUGGAAGACAUGAGCUACCUGCGGCUCACUUAUGAGCGGCUGCUGCAGCAGACCAGUGGGGCUGACUGGCUUAAUGACACCCACUGGGUCCAUCACACAAUCACCAACCUGAGCACUCCAAAGCGCAAGCGGCGGCCCCAGGAUGGGCCCCGAGAGCACCAAACAGGCUCAGCGCGCAGUGAAGGCUAUUACCCCAUCAGCAAGAAGGAGAAGGACAAGUACCUGGACGUGUGCCCCGUCUCAGCCCGGCAGCUGGAAGGCGUGGACACUCAGGGGACUAACCGUGUGCUUUCGGAGCGCCGGUCUGAACAGCGGCGUCUGCUGAGCGCUAUUGGCACCUCUGCCAUUAUGGACAGUGAUCUGCUAAAGCUAAACCAGCUCAAGUUCCGGAAGAAGAAGCUUAGAUUUGGCCGGAGCCGGAUCCAUGAGUGGGGUUUGUUUGCCAUGGAGCCCAUUGCAGCUGAUGAGAUGGUCAUCGAAUAUGUAGGCCAGAACAUCCGCCAGAUGGUGGCUGACAUGCGGGAGAAGCGCUAUGUGCAGGAGGGCAUUGGCAGCAGCUACCUGUUCCGGGUGGAUCACGAUACCAUCAUUGAUGCCACCAAGUGCGGCAACCUGGCCAGGUUCAUCAACCACUGCUGCACGCCUAACUGCUACGCCAAGGUGAUCACCAUCGAGUCGCAGAAGAAGAUUGUAAUUUACUCCAAGCAGCCCAUCGGAGUGGACGAGGAGAUCACUUAUGACUACAAGUUCCCGCUGGAGGACAACAAGAUCCCGUGUCUGUGCGGCACUGAAAGCUGCCGUGGCUCCCUCAACUGAGGUGGGCAGGACUGGUGCCCACACCCCUAUUUAUUCCCCCAUGGUGCCCUGAGCUCCCAGCACCCCCAGCCUUAGUGGGCUCAGCAGGGCCCACACAUACCCCAUCUCCAUGUGUGGGGUUGGAGGUCCCCAAGCCAAUUGAGGGAGCCUCAGUCUCUUGAGGGAGCUUCUGCCUUCCCUGUCGCCCCUGCCCUAUCCACCCCUAAUUUUUUUUCUUUGCGGAGAAGAAGCUGUAAAUGUUUUGUAGCUGCCAGCAGCUGUUUCCUGUGGAAACCUGGGGUGCCGGCCUGUACAGAUCCUGUUCUUGGGGGCUACACAGCCCUCUUGCUUUGUGUUAAUGGGGACUCCCCUUGUGCCCUGUGUGCACCCCUCCCCAGUUUAGGGGUCUGUAGGGGCAGUGGCCAUGUUCUCCCCUUGAGGGGACCCUGCGCCCCCCCCCCAUCUUGGGGACUCCGUGCCUGGAACCCUGCCUCAUCUUCUGUUCCUGCCAGACCCUGUGGGUUACCCUCCCACCCUGGUGUCUGGAAGCUUCGAUUCAGCCAGACCAGGAUGGUGGGGGGUGGGCCCUUCUUGUUGGGCUGGAUUGUACAUAUGUUAAUAAUAGCGCAAACCCAACGCCACAUUUUUAUAAUUGUGAUUAAACUUUAUUGUACAAAA